UUGAAGACCAAGAUGGAGAAAGCAGGGAAGGUUGUCCUUGUCCUCUGUGUCUAUUUGACCAUCUUAAUGAGCAGCAUUGAGGCGCAAUCUACACCGUGUGCCAACUGUACUACUGCAACAGCGAACAGCUCCAUGGAAACGGGUACUACCCCACCUGCAGCUACCAGACCAAAUCCUGACCACAGCUCACCUCAUGUAACCCCUCAUGGCAACAUCAGCAGCACUCCUACCCCACGACCGCACCACUCAUCCUCUGCCUCAGUUGUCUCUACAACCUCCAUGGCUGUCACCGCCUCAUCAAAGCACCACACAAAGCCCUCAGGAUCCACCCACACCCCCAAUGCCACAAAAUUCACCACUCACUAUUCUACAGUUGGGCAUGCUGGUUCUCACCCUACCACCAUUGAAGCUACAACAGCAAAAGGAGGGUCUUCCUCUUUGUUCAGGUCCUGCAGUCAACUGCUGGUGCCCAUAAUCUCCAUUCUGAUCUUCAGUGCAUAGGGCUGAAAGUGUUACAGCAAGGGACUCCAUCUUUAUUUUUCAUUUUUAUAUCAAACCCACAAAUUAUUUUAUGUAUUUUAAGAAAAAUAACUCGAACCCUAAUCUUAACCCUAACCCUUACCCUAAAAAUGUUUGAUUUUUGAUUCUCAGAGACUUUCCUGUUUAACAGCUCUUGAUGUGACUCAUUCUUGAUAUUAACGCUAUGAAGUGCUUUGUUUGCACUGAGCUCUUCUCAACUUUAAACCAACACUGUGUAAAAAGCCAUGAUUCAGAUGUCAGAACUAUAUUAAGUUACAAAUUACAAACAUAAACAUUACACACAGAAUUCAUUUGUUGUUUUGACAAUUAAAAUCCUAAUUGAAUUGCCAUUGGAUUUUAAGUUAAGUGGGAGGAAAUGCUGGUGGCCAGUUGGGGAUUUGGAACUGGGAAAUAAUACGCUACUGGGUGAAUCCUACAACAACUUCAGUUCUGUUAAGACAGAUGUAAAUGGUAGAGCUCGGUAGACUGCCACCACAUUUGCAUUUUGGUUUUGAAAUUGAAAAUAUGUACUAUUAAAUUCAAAUGGCGUCUCAUUCAAAUUCAGGCUGUUUGUGUAAAACCACCUUUAGUGUUUUUGUUUUUGUUUUCUUGGGACACGACAGCGUUGUGAUUGAAACUAUCUCUAUAACUUUUUCAAACAGAUUUUUAAAGUAUAUGUGGAAUAUACUGAACAUGUCUUUAUGCUAUAUAGAUUGAAUAAGUGAAAAGGAUGAGUAUGAUGUAGAUGAACAGUGGACCUGGCCAAAAGUCAGGCAGAUCUUCUUGGCUAAAUAAAGUUUCCAGGCUGUCACGUUAUUACUAUUCUUGUAGGACUGAAUAGAGAUUUAAAAGGUUUUAGAUGAAACUACAUUUCAGUUAAAUGUGUAUUGUAUGUAUAUGGAAAACAAUAUAGGGGAAUGGAUAUGUGACAGAUAUAAGCACUUUGAACUGAGUGAAUUAUGAGUUUAAUUUCCAUUUUAAUUUCAACCAAUUCAGCACAAUACACAAUACUGCAUGUUUGUAAGUUUAUUGUAAUUUCAUUCAAAAAAUAUG